AUGGCUCCUACCAGUCCCAAGCACGUCGUCGCUUCGCGCCAGUCUGUCGGCGACAAUUGGCCGUCGUGGAUCAUCAAGGGCCCUAUUUACGACAAGCCGGGCAGUGACCCCAUCUCUCAGCAGAUCCAGGCAGACCAGGAGGCUCAAGCUCAGCAGAAUCAACAGAGCCAGCAGGGCGAGACGGCUCCUCCCACGGCUCAGCACCAGCAGGUUCGCUGUCGCGCAAAGGGCAACAAGGUGAAGCCUUCAGCCGACGAGACCAAGGCCAGCAUGGCAGGCCACAAUGCCGCACCCAGCCACGCAACCGGUAAGAGCCAUGUUGCCGUCGUCAAGGAGGACCAUUAUCAAGCCGUCGCUAUGGAGCAGGAACCCGGUCAAGCUCAAGGCCAGGACCAGUCGCAGACUCCCCCUGCGCCUGAGCGCUCGCGUCCCUUCGGUCUCGAUGACCUCGACAUCCCCUCGAACGUGCCUGUCGGUCCCAUCUACAACGAGGCGGGUGACGACGUCACGGGGCAAGCACCGAGCCUACAAUCCAUCAAGGACACGAUUCUCAACUGGCUGCACAACCAGCGCCGCUCCACGGGUCAGCACCAUGAGCAGCAACACCACUUCGUCGACGCCUCAAUGGCUAAGGCCAAGGCUUCGCUCCGAUCUGAUUCUCACCAUGGUCAGCAUCUUCACCGUCGCAACGCACCCCCGGCCGACCUACAGCUUGACCACCCUGGUCAGCGAAGGCCGCCAAUGAGCUUGGACUACCCUGCAACGUCGCCCAAGGAGCUGCCCCACGAGGACCUGCGUCAACCUCAACCUCACUCUAGGGCUGAGCAUCCCGCUGAGGACCAAUCCGAGGGGCAUCCUGAGGAGCACCCGGAUGAACACCACCCCUCGUCCGACAAAGACCAGUCUGCCGUCAACACGGACUCCCCUUCUGAGUCGCCCAAGGAGGAGCCUCACGCGGACCUUCGUCAUCCUGAAGCUCAUUCAGAGUUGGAUGCAGACGCUCACAAGCAGCCCCAUCCUCCUCACCCUGAUGACGACCAUCACAGAGACCAUCGCUCAGAUGACGAGUCGUUCGCCUCAAGCGACUACCAGGAGCGUUCUCGCGACCUCUCUGACCUCCUGGACGACGUCAAUGACGAGAUUCGCCAUCUUGGCCACGACAUCAAGCCGCGCGCCGACUCAGGGAGCCAAACCCAAGCCGACUUCAUCAAGAGUCUUGAGAAGAUUCAACAUCAGCUCGACGACCUCGAGCAAAAGCUCCAUAAGCAGCAGCACAAAGGUAAGGACAGCAAGGAUAAGAGCCCGCUCGGCACAUUCGAUGAUGACGAGGAUGAGGACCGAGACGAUCGCCAAGAUGAGGAAGAGGAAGGCCACCACCACCAUCAUCAUCGUGACCGUGACAUCGAGAAUCUGCGCAAGCGAUUGCCUCACGCCUUCCUCACCAAAGUCAAGCGUCAACAGACGAUCCAGAUUCCGCCCAUCCCGCCCAUCCCGUCUAUGCCGCCCAUUCCAAGCAUCCCGCCCAUCCCUGGCUCAUCGCCUGUCUCGUCACCGGGGGCGUCACCAGCUCAGCAGACUCAGGAUGGUGGCAACCAGCGUGGACGCAACCAGCAGCAUGCAGGACAAGGGCAGCAUCCUGACGCCAAGCGAGUGGCAGCCAUUCCCGCUGAGGACAUCCACGAGUCGUCGCCUGAGUCAGUCAAGACCAACAAUGCGCGCGAUGAGAGUAUCGAGGCGCCCACUGCGCCAGCAGUACCACCUGUCCCUCCCUACUCGAAGCCCGCCGUACCUGCCGUGCCUGCUAUCCCUAGUCAACAGCAGCAGACUCGCCGCGAGGUUCUCGACAAGAGGCAGCAAGCUCCCGCCGCGCCGACCGUUCCUACCGCUCCUCAGGCUCCCGCCCUGCCUAACGCAUCCGCCGCCCCGGCUGCCCCGGCUGCUCCAACCUCGCCCGAAAGGCCCUCGAACGGUAGCCUCGCUCGCCGUGAGAUUUCACCCUCGUCACCCUCCUCAGCAGGCAAGAAGCGUCUCUACGGCAUCCACCGCAAACAGAAGGCUGAGGCUGAGGCUAAGAUCAGGUGCUCGCAUGGUGCGGCUGCUCAGAGCCAUCACGGCAAGCGCCUCUUCGGUGAACAUCACCGUGAGGAGGCAGAGGCCAAGUCAAAGUGUCCGCCAUCAGGCGAGGAGAAGGACGACGAUAAGGACGACGAUGAGGACGCCGACGAUGACCGUGAUGGAGAGGAUCGUCAUCACCACCACGCCCGCGACAGCAAGGCAGCCAUGUCUCCUGACAUUGAGCGCCUGCAUCAAGCGUACCGCGCACCUCCUCUCGUACGUCGUCAAGACCACACGCACCUCGUCGAAGAUGCCACUAUCUCUACCUCUGCCUCACUCUCGGCAACGGCUUCAGCAGCGGCAGCGAGCAAUUACAACGCCACCCUCGGUACGAACCUCUCUUGCCUCGAGUCCCUCGGCCUCAUGGUGGUCAUCUUCGCCGUGCUGAUGAGCAUCGUCACCUGGCUGGGGGCGAAGCGCGCUUACCACGCCCGCAGGAGGAUGCAGCGUCGCCACCAAGCUACGGUCGUCGAGCAUGCCAAGGUCUUUUCAAACGGGAUUGACAUCGACGUUCAUUCGCACGGGCCCAGCGGGGAUGACACGCUGGUGAACAGCUCGCCUGUCGAUCGUGCUGAUCAAAUUGGCAAGGGCAAGAAGGAACUCGAUCAGCACGCUGCUCAACACCUGGAUCGCAGCGAUGCGGACUCGCGCGCACCUGAGGAUGGGGAAAGGCAGAGCCUCCUGCUCUCGCGUAGGGAUGAGGAGGGCAUCUUUGUGCUCGAGCCGACCCAGCCUCGCCACUGA